AUGGAUGACAGAGGUCAUGUGGUCUCCGCCAUGGGCUUAGGAGCACCAGAUUUCCAGGAUGGUGCGUUGCGGGCGGAGCGUGUGUGUGAGCUGCAGGAGCGGAAGCAGGUGCUGCAGACCGCCCUGUCCAGCAGACUGGGGGAACUACGGCGGGUCUGCUUACUGGAGGCGGAGCUGACAGGGAAGCUGCCGCGAGAUUUCCCUCUGGAGUCUGGAGAGAGAGUGCCCCUCAUCCAGCGCCGAGCACACACACACACACAGGAUGACCCCUGCCAGAGGCGCCAGAUGAAGACUCUGUUUGGUGGAGCUCUGCGCAGGAGUGUUGAGGCCGACAAGAACACCCUGCAGGGCAAGAGGACCGUGCACCGAGGCUGCCAUACAGAGGAAACACUGAAGUCAGAGAGCAGCUCCAUGUCAGACUCAACAUCACAGGACAACGAGUCGUCCCCGAGUGUGGCGCCCGAGCAGCGGUCACUCUCCCACCCGCGCCUCCACCCGGGCAGUCCCGACGCUCGCCUCGCCAGGAAGCUCUCGCCCGUCGAGAUCUACUACGAGAUGAGGGCCCGCAGGAACUCCACCUCCAGCUCCGUCAGUCCCAGUCACUCUCUCCCCAGAAGUGCGUCCAAUGUGGAGGGCCGCAGUGUUCCAGCUACGCCCCUCUUAUCCCGCACUGCUCCAAUCAGCAUUCACGUCAGGCCGGACGUGUGCGGCGGCAUCGCGCUGAAGCAGUGGUGCGGGAGCCCCGACGUUCCGCACUUUGUUCCGCUGGCGUCCCUGGAGGGUUCCGCGUCGGAACGCCGCAGCUGCCCGUACGGCUCGCGCGGCGGUCGCCGCAGCAACAGCUCGGAGGCGCUGCUGGACCGCUCGGCGCUGGCGGACGCUCGCAUGCCCCCCCGCGGAGCCGCCGGCCCCUACAAGAGCUCCGAGACGCUGACGGACGGCAAGCUGCGGCAGUACCGGGGCAGCCCCGAGCGGCAGGGGGGGGGGCAGGGGGGGGGGGGCCGGGAGCAGGGGCGCACGAGGGCCUCCGUGGGGGGGCGACCGUCCGGCGCCGGCUACAACGAGAUCCUGCUGGACUACAUCUGGGGGAAGCCUCCGGGGCCGCCGCCGCGCCUGGGCCAGAUGCCAGCCGUAACCGUGCCGGCGCCCGCUGGCCCGAGGGCUGCCCCCCCCCCCCACUUCAACGGCCUGUCGCUCUCGCAGCAGCAGCUGGCCGCCCCCCCCCCACCCUACAGCCCCCUCCUGCUGCGCACCGGCCCCCCCGCACACCCCGCCGCCCCCGCCGACCCCCGCAGGUCAAAGGUCACCCGCACCAAGUCGUGCGGCCCCUUCCUGUCCGAGCCCCCCCUGCUGUCCGCGUACGAGCCCACCCCCCCCCCCCACGGGCGCCGGCCCCCCCCCACGCCAGAGGACGCCACGCGGAGCCUCCACAAGGCGCUAGCGCUGGAGGGGCUCCGGGACUGGUACCUGCGCAACGCCCUGGGAUACGCCCCCGUCGCCAAGGGCAACGACCCCGUCGCCCUGGGAUACGCCCCCGUCGCCAAGGGCCACGCCCACACGCCCCCCCACGCCACGACCGGCCAGGGGGAGGCGCUGUUCCCACCGCUGACCAUCGGCUCCCACAUGACCCAGUCCGCCUCCUUCCACGGCUACCCACUGCAGGCCAGGGCUGUGGAGCUGUCCCGGUUUCCUGAGCCGUUUCCCUCUCAGCUGCAGGAUGGUGCCCUGGCAGACCCCCCCUCAGACCCCCCCGCACCCGGAACCCUGGUCUAA